AUGGGUCUCUCAUUUAUCCCUCUAUUCGGUGCUAAUGCCACUGAAACCAUAGCCCAAAAACCAUUCGUGGCCUUGACCGGUCAGGCACUAGUGGAUGCCGACGAAUUGUCCAAACAAGAUAUUCUUUCCUUCAUUAAAUCAUUUAACACAACUUUCAACUCGAUAUCACUUAAAAUCAAUGAUUCCACCAAAUUCACAAACGAAGAUUUGAUCGAACUCUUAAAUAAUGGUAUCACUGCCUUAUUUAUCAUAGAUAACAAUACGUAUGCCUCCGAAGUGGGCAAUUCCAUCAAUAUCUCCAAGGAGAGAUUGAUCACUUCCACCUCACUAAAGAUCAUCCCAGCUUCUCAAUUGACCGCUGAAACCUUCUACAACGAAUUACUUUCUCAAUUGAAGACUGAUCGUAAGGAUGAUCUGUAUACCACCUUGGUUGUCGACACCAACGAGCGUUCCUUGGGUCUGGUUUACUCCUCCAAGGAAUCCAUCAAAUUGGCCAUCGAGAAGUCACAAGGUGUCUACUAUUCUCGUUCACGCAAGGGUAUCUGGAUCAAGGGUGAAACGUCAGGAAACAGACAGAUCUUGAAACAAAUUUCCAUAGAUUGUGACGGCGAUGCCUUGCAAUUCGUAGUGGAACAAGUUAAUGAUGCCUUCUGUCACUUAAAUACGAAUACUUGCUUUGGAGACUAUCAGUAUGGUCUCUUGGAAUUGCAAAAAGUAUUGUCUCAAAGAUUGGUGGAUGCGGAAGUUGGGUCAUACACUAAGAGAUUAUUCAAUGAUGAUGAAUUAUUAAACGCUAAGAUCAAGGAAGAAGCUGAAGAAUUGACUGAGGCCCAAACCAAGGAUGAAGUCGCUUGGGAAGCUGCAGAUUUAUUUUACUUCGCAAUGACUAAAUUGGUGUCUAAGGGUGUCACUUUGAAAGAUGUGGAAACUAACUUGAAAUUGAAACAUUUGAAAGUCACCAGAAGGAAAGGUGACGCUAAGGAGAAGUUCUUACCAAAGAAACAGGCUGAAACUGAAACUUCAAAGAAGGAAAUCGAUCCAUCCGCGCCAAUUUAUUUGAAUGUCGUCAAGAGCACCGAUAAGGAAGGUGUCAUUAAGGCAGUGACAAGACCAAUUCAAAAGACUGAUGAUAUUAUGCACUUGGUUAACCCAAUUAUUGAAAAUGUGAAGAAUAAGGGUGACUCAGCUUUAAUUGAAUAUACCGCGAAAUUUGAUGGUGUCCAUUUGACAACUCCAGUCUUGGAAGCUCCAUUCCCAGAAGAAUAUUUGGAAGGAUUAACUGAAGAAAUGAAACAAGCUUUAGAUUUAUCCAUUGAAAACGUUAGAAAAUUCCAUGCUGCUCAAUUACAGUUAGAACCAUUAGUCGUAGAAACCCAACCUGGUGUCAUAUGUUCCAGAUUCCCAAGACCAAUUGAAAAAGUUGGUCUAUAUAUUCCAGGUGGUACCGCUGUCUUACCAAGUACUGCUUUAAUGUUAGGUGUCCCAGCUCAAGUAGCUGAAUGUAAAGAAAUUGUCUUCGCUUCUCCGCCACGUAAGUCUGAUGGUAGAGUUUCUCCAGAAGUUGUUUAUGUCGCCAUUAAAUGUGGUGCCUCUAAGAUCGUCCUUGCUGGUGGUGCUCAGGCAGUCGCAGCCAUGGCUUAUGGUACAGAAAGUGUCCCAAAGGUGGAUAAAAUCUUGGGACCUGGUAACCAAUUCGUUACUGCAGCUAAGAUGUAUGUUCAAAAUGACACUCAAGCUCUAUGUUCUAUCGAUAUGCCAGCUGGUCCAAGUGAAGUUCUUGUUGUCUGUGAUGAAGAUGCAGAUGAUGAUUUUGUUGCCAGUGACUUACUAUCACAAGCUGAACAUGGUAUCGAUUCUCAAGUUAUUCUUGUUGGUGUUAACAUUAGUGAAGCUAAAGUGACUCAAAUUCAAGAAGCUGUAAAUAGACAGGCAUUAGCAUUGCCACGUGUCGACAUUGUACGUCAAUGUAUCGCUCAUAGUACCAUUAUAUUAUGUGACACUUACGAAGAAGCCUUUGACAUGUCUAAUAGAUAUGCUCCAGAACAUUUAAUAUUACAAAUUAAUAACGCUAAUGAUUAUGUUAAACUAGUGGAUAACGCCGGUAGUAUCUUUGUUGGUUCUUACACCCCAGAAUCAUGUGGGGAUUACUCAAGUGGUACAAACCAUACUCUACCUACAUAUGGUUAUGCAAGACAAUAUAGUGGUGCCAAUACUGCUACUUUCCAGAAGUUCAUUACUGCUCAAAACGUUACUCCUGAAGGUUUAGAAAAUAUUGGUAAGGCUGUCAUGUGUGUUGCCAAGGUCGAAGGUCUUGAUGGUCACAGAAAUGCUGUCAAGAUUAGAAUGAGUAAGCUAGGCUUGUUACCAGAAGGAUUUAACUAG